UUAGAGGCCUGUGGAGAUGGCAACAACCCUAGCUACCAAAUUGUGUUGGGUGGCAGCUUUUUUCUCUGCAACAGGGAGGGGGGGAAAUAUCUAUGCGUACGCCCCCUGAGGGGAUGAAGCACUCCGCCGCUUCAGUCACCCAGAGAAUCCUGCUCGCCUUCUGUUCCUUUGGCGGGAAAAACACUUCAAAGGAGUUUGAGACGCGGACGACGCUGAAAAGAAGAACAGCAGCAACAGAGAAAGGGAUCCGGUAGAGAGGUGGGACUAAGGGGCUCCUCUCCCCUUUCCCUUCCCCGGUGACGUUGCGGUCUCCUCCCUCUGGCGGAGUUGCGGCGCUUGCAAAAGCCUUUCUGCGCGCCGCGCGGGCCGAGAGUCGUCCGUCCACCUACCCACCCAAGCGAGCAUCCAUCGUGGAGUCAGAACUUCGCACACCAAGAAUGAGCGCAUGACCAGGGGAAGCUGCAGGAGGGGCGGGGGCGGCUUGUCCUACCCUGGGGGCUCGUCGACCACCUGCGGUCAUGGAGUGAGAGGGGCUGCGCAACGGCAAGCUGGGGAAGAGGCUCCUUCAAAGAUGGUCCGGCUGCCACUGAGACCUGGAGCUCUAAUGCCACAAUGAGGACCCACACACGUGGGGCUCCUAGUGUGUUUUUCAUACAUGUGGUUUGGUUUGCACUAGUCUACAGCACCGAUAACAACCCAAGCACUGUUGUUCCUUUUGUCAAUGCCAACUACAACAGCUACCCAAUGCUCUACUUUUCCAGAGGAGAGAUGCGGGAUCUGCGAUCUAGGGCAGCCACUUCACACCAGCACAUUGCAGCUCGGUUGGCUGAGGCUGUGCAGACUAUGCUGUCAAAUCCUUUGGAGUAUCUUCCUCCUUGGGACCCCAAUGACUUCAGUGCUCGGUGGAAUGAAAUUUAUGGCAACAACUUGGGUGCCCUGGCAAUGUUCUGUAUACUUUAUCCAGAGAACAUGGAAGCCAUCAACAUGGCCAGAGAUUACAUGGAAAGAAUGGCGGCUCAGCCUAGUUGGUUAGUAAAGGAUGCCCCGUGGGAUGAGGUCCCUCUUGCUCACUCUUUGGUUGGAUUUGCCACUGCUUAUGAUUUUUUGUACAACUAUCUUAGCAAGUCUCAGCAGGAAAGAUUUCUUGAGGUAAUUGCCAAUGCCUCGGGAUAUAUGUAUGAAGCAUCAUAUAGGCGUGGAUGGGGUUUCCAGUACCUACACAACCAUCAGCCUACCAACUGUGUGGCCUUGUUGGCAGGAAGCCUGGUUCUAAUGAAUCAAGGCUAUCUUCAGGAAGCAUACCUGUGGACUAAGCAAGUCUUAACAAUCAUGGAGAAGUCUAUAGUUCUGCUUCAAGAAGUGACAGAUGGAUCCCUCUAUGAAGGAGUAGCUUAUGGCAGCUACACCACCAGAUCUCUUUUCCAGUACAUGUUUCUUGUUCAAAGGCACUUUGACAUUAACCACUUCAAACACCCCUGGCUUAAACAACAUUUUGCUUUUAUGUACAGGACAGUUCUGCCAGGAUUCCAAAGGACGGUUGCUAUUGCAGAUUCCAACUACAACUGGUUUUAUGGGCCAGAGAGCCAGUUGGUGUUCUUAGACAAAUUUGUUAUGCGCAAUGGCAGUGGAAAUUGGUUGGCACAUCAGAUCAGGAGGAACCGAGUGCUUGAAGGCCCAGGGACACCAUCCAAAGGACAGCGUUGGUGCACUCUUCACACUGAAUUUCUCUGGUAUGAUGCAAGCCUGGGCUUAGUACCUCCACCAGACUAUGGUAUUCCAAAGCUGCAUUAUUUUGAGGACUGGGGAGUUGUAACAUAUGGAAGUGCACUGCCAGCUGAAAUCAACAGACCCUUCCUGUCCUUCAAAUCAGGAAAGCUGGGAGGACGUGCAAUAUAUGAUAUUGUUCACCAGAAUAAAUACAAAGACUGGAUCAAAGGCUGGAGGAACUUCAAUGCUGGCCAUGAACACCCAGAUCAGAACUCUUUCACUUUUGCUCCCAAUGGUGUACCUUUCAUAACAGAAGCUCUGUAUGGACCAAAAUACACUUUUUUAAACAAUGCGUUGAUGUUUUCUCCAGCUGCAUCCAAGAGCUGUUUCUAUCCAUGGGAAGGGCAAGUUACUGAAGACUGCUCAUCAAAGUGGUUGAAAUAUAAACACGACUUGGCUGCAGAUUGCCAAGGGAGAGUGGUUGCUGCUAUGGAAAGAAGUGGGAUUAUCUUUAUCAGGGGUGAAGGAGUGGGUGCCUACAACCCCAAACUAAAGUUGAAAAGCCUCCAAAGAAACCUAUUACUUAUACAUCCCCAGCUCCUCUUGCUAGUGGACCAAAUACAUCUUGACAAUGAUAGCCCCUUGAAGAUGGCAACCAGCUUCUUCCACAAUGUGGAUGUGCCCUUUGAAGAAACCAUUAUUGAUGAUGUCCAUGGGGCCUUCAUUAGGCAACAGGAUGGACUGUACAAGAUGUACUGGAUGGAUGAUACUGGCUACAGUGAAAGAGCUGUCAUUGCCUCAAGAAUGUACCCCAGAGGCUACCCUUACAAUGGAACAAACUAUGUGAAUGUCACUACUCACCUGCGUAGCCCAGUCACAAGAGCAGUGUACCUCUUCAUUGGUCCUUCCAUAGAGGUCCAAAGCUUUAGUGUCCAUGGGGAUUCCCAGCAAUUAGAUGUUUUCAUAACAACCAGUGAGCAUGCCUAUGCCAUCUAUUUGUGGACUGGCGAGGACAAAAGCCACUCUGUCUUUGCACAAGUUAUUUUAGACCGCCAAAAAGUUCUGUUUGACCGAGGCUCAACCCUUAGGAGCUCCCUAGCGUCAGAAGUCAGAAACUACAUUGGGAUAGUAGAAAAUAACCUUCAGCAUUUCAAACCUGUCUUCCAGCAGCUGGAGAAACAGAUCCUUUCCCGUGUGCGGAACACAGACAGCUUUAGAAAGACAGCUGAGCGCCUGCUGCGGUUUUCAGAUAAAAGACAGACAGAGGAGGCCAUUGACAGGAUAUUCGCAAUCUCCCAGCAGCAGCAGCAGCAGCAAGGCAGGGCAAAGAGGAACAAAAAGAUGGUGAAAGGCUAUAAGUUCAUUGACGCUGGCCCUGACAUUUUUGCACAGAUUGAAGUGAAUGAAAGAAAAGUUCGUCAGAAGGCACAGACUUUGGCCCAAAAAGAAUUGCCUGUAGAUGAAGAUGAGGAAAUGAAAGAUCUUCUGGAUUUUGCAGAUGUAACCUAUGGGAAGCACAAAAACAGUGUGUCAAUCAAAGGCCGAUCAGGUCUGGCACAUAUGUUGGCAACUGCUCGAAGCAGUGCUCCUUCAGUGUCAGCAUCUUACACCCGACUCUUCCUCAUUCUGAACAUCGUUAUUUUCUUUGUCAUGCUGGCAAUGCAACUCACUUGGUUCCACAAAGCCAAGAGCCUGCAUAGCCAAAGGUGUCUUUAUGCAAUCUUGCUAAUUGACAGCUGUGUGUUAUUGUGGCUGUAUUCGUCUUGUUCCCAGUCACAAUGCUAGCAAAAAGACGAUGACAUCUACUUGAUGAUCCUAUGGUUAGAUGUCUGUGCAAAGUAUUUAACCCUAAUAGGGCCAGAGUAUGUUUUAUUCAUCUUCUGACACAUUCCAGUAAACACUUGUGGGAUUAUUGCAUUCUUGUAGUCAAAGAAGAUAAAAUUAAUGGGCAUUGGGGGAUUGGAUACAUUUUUCAAAGUACCACCUAGACAUGGGUCACAUUGCAUUUGUCCGAAGAAUUAAUGUUAUGAAUAACAACAACAAUCCUUGUUCUGAACUCAGUAUGUGGCAUUGCAUUUUUUUCUUCAAAAGUAAAAUUUUCUCAAAUGAGUUGUUUCAUAAUUUUAUAGUUUCAUAAUAUAUAUAUAUAUAUAUAUGCAACUGGGAUUGUAAUUUUUAAUAGUCUCCAAGCUGGCUGUUGACAUGUGCAGCAGGGAUUUUAGCCAGUGGAUUUCACCCCUUUCACCUAGCCAGAGAUGAUUAUAUGAAGGGAGUAUGACAAGGAGUGCUGCAGAUUUUGUUUUCUUUGUAUUCUUUGUAUUACUUGUCUGUCUUAAAACACUGGCACUACCAUGUAACAGUCCCUUGCCAGUCAAGACUAUGCAGGAUCCUUCUUCCUUCAAAUCUCACUAAUUGUGUAGUAGAAAGUCAAUUUGGGUUAACCAACAGCUGUUGGAGCAUCAAGAUUCUGGAAUGUGCAUAUAUUUAAAUGGUAGACUGUGAUGUCAUAAGGUUCCAAAUGUUGCUGCCUGUCCUUUUUUCCAUUUAUGCUCAGAGGAAAGAGUAAUAGGUUAAGCUCAGUGCCAUACAGAGGCAGCUAGGAUUAUCAAAAAAUAUCCGAUGGGGCAAUUAAGAUAUUUAUCACUUAAUGACUGCAGCAUCAAGCAGUGGCUUGUUCUGUAUGUUACAACACACAAGUCAUCACUUGAUGCUGCAGUCAUCUAAUCUAAUGCCGCAAGCAGAACUUUUAUAAGACCCUCUCAGGUGUCACUUGAAUCAGUUCUCAUAAUCUGCUGCCAACCAUCAAAUGUUUGGUGAUUAAGCAUUGUGUAUGAAUAUAUCAACCAACUCUUAGCUUCUCUGAGGAAGCCAGGAUUACAUAUAAGGAGACUGAAGGGAAAGAGAAUGUGGCUGCAUGAUUGGGUCCUUGGCCCCAUCUAUGUCAAAGUGCUGUUCAGGAUUGGAAGAUCUGAGGUGGUUAAGGAUGCAGAAGCCUAGGGCUGUUGUGCUGGUUCCAGUGUGUCUAGACCUCUGUUUUCUGAAAACGGGCACACAACACUAGUCAAACUCCGCCCCUUUGUACUCUAAAACCUGGUCAGGUCAGCUGGACUGAAUUUUUUAAAAAUUCAGCUUCCAACAGAUUUUGCAACUGAUUGAUUGGUAGAUCAGUCAGUUGCCCCUCCAGGUGUAGCCAAUGGAAAUGCUUUGAUGUAGGCUCAGGUAGAAACAGUGAUUGGCCCAAUACUUUGCUGUGGGCAGUCCUGAAAGAUCUGAGUCAGCAUUGGGAAGGGAGGUAUGUCCAGCCAAGGGCAGAGUGUUAAAAAUGCAGCCAAAAAAACCAUUCUCGACGCUUUUGAAGUGACUAGUAUGCCCAUAGCCCUAAUGGGGUGUAUGAGUUGGGAAUGGAGAAAUGUUUGUAUCAGGAGUGUGGGCGAUACGUAUGGGGUGAGGUAUGGGUUUAUAGAAUGGAUUCUAGGUGGGACUCUAUAUGCCAUAGGCAUCUGAUUGGCCACUGUGAGAAUAGAUGCUGGACUAGACCAGCCUUUGGUCUGAUCCAGCACAGUUCUUAUUAUGUUCUUAUUGGUCUUUCUGAGAGUAGUUGACAGAUGAGGCCCUUGCCCCACCCAGUUCUUAGGAUACCAACCCCGUAUGUAUUUGGAAGUUCUUGAAACAAGAAAAAGACAUUUGUUUCCACAGUUAAUGAAUGUGCCUCUUUUGCGUGCAGCUAUCAUGGGAAUGAUUUUUGAACCCCAUUCAUUUGAAAAUAAGGAUGAGCUGGGGAACUGGUUUCUUACUGUACACCUUGAAAAAAAUACAAUCACUUUUCCAAAGGCAGUUUGUUAAA